AGAAACUUUAUUUUCUCAUUUUAUAUUUGUUACUUUUUUUUUGUAAAUUGUUCGACUGUAGUUAAAUAAUGUCUUUUGGACACAUCACGAAAUUGAAUGUUAAUAUUGCCAAGUGUCAGACACAUAUCACGUAUGCAAAUGGUGCCAAACGUUUGCUGACCAAUAAUCCUUCCGGCUUUGCAUUUCGCAGCAUGGGCAGCACCAGUUGCCAUUGUGCUGGUGACUCCUUGACCCAAGCAAGAUCCUUUCUGCAGCGGCAUUUUGGUAAAAGAGGCAGCAUUGAGAGCACAGCCUCUUUGGACAACUUUUUGCUGGCAUUGGGUGUACAACUGGACAUGGAUGAUGAGCCCGAGGAGCAGCAGGAGCAGCAACAGCAGGAGGAGCAAGUGCAGCAGAAAGUGACGGCAGAAGACAGCCAAGAAGAGAUCCAAGAAGCUAUACUAGAUGAUAUGCCUGAAGUUAUCCAAGCAGACACCCUAGAUGCGAGCCAAGCAGAAGCUUUAGAAGAGGCGGAAACGCAGCUGGCAGCAUUAGAGCUGAAAUCGGAGCCGGAGCUGCACACCUGGCACCUAGAACAGUUGCCCAAGAUGCUGCCACAGCUGGCCAGCCAAACCGAGUGGCAUAUGGAGCAGUUACAGCUAUCCGAUUGUGCCUGGCAUCUGAAGAAUUGCAGCUGGCGCAAUGUGCUCAACAGCGAAUUCCAGCUGCCCAACUGCCAAUGCCAUAGGAUAAAAGAGACCAUGGGACACAUAAACAUGUUGGUUAAUGCAUCGAUGCCAGAAGAUGAAGAUCAUGAUGAAAAGGAGGAAGAGAAAGAGCAGCGGGUACAAAAGAAGUCCACUUGUCUUGUGUCCAAUGUGAAUGCCAACAUAAUGAGUCUCAAUGGUCUGUUGCAACAACUCAAUCAAUUGCUGGAGCAACAGAAUGACGAGCAAGCGCGUCUCUCUUCCAGCAUAUAAUUGCAUACAGGGUGUCUCUUUGAGAUUGUGAUCUAUCGAUAGUUUAUUAAAACACACGUUCGUUUUAUAGAA